AUGCAAGAUUCAAUACUACAAAUUUCUCGAAUAACAAAAGAGUCUAAGAUGGGUUUGGGAAACAAGAUGUCUGAGGAGAAUCCGGAGAUGCGGGAAAUGGCAGCGCGUAUUUGUCGCGAUUAUCUUCAUGGAGUUUGGAAACACGUUACCGCGGAAAACAUAAUAUUGAAACGUAUUAGUGGUGGAUUAAGCAAUUGGUUAUACAAUGUCCAAUUACCAGAUGAAACUGUCCCGAUUCGAGGUGAGCCUCGGCAAGUUUUGUUACGAUUGUAUGGUCAAAUACAUGGAGAAAGAGCUUUGGAAGGAUUGAUCACCGAAUCGGUGAUCUUCACAUUAUUGUCGGAAAGGCGACUUGGACCCAAAUUACACGGUAUAUUUCCUGGCGGUCGAAUAGAAGAAUAUAUACCGGCAAGACCGUUACUUACCAAAGAAUUGGCGGAUCCGACUUUGAGCUGUAUGAUCGCUGAAAAAAUGGCGCAGAUUCAUUGCAUGCAAGUUCCCAUAAGCAAAGAGCCAACUUGGCUUUGGGAUACUAUGGCUAAAUGGUUAGAUACGACUAGAGAUAUUUUAGAGAACAUCGAAGAUAUAGAUGUCCGGCACUUGAAGAAUGUGAACAUGAUACGAAUAAUUGAUUUAGAUCACGAGAUUAAAUGGUUCAGAUCGCUUGCAACCCGACAUAAAUAUCCAGUUGUAUUUUGUCAUAAUGAUAUGCAAGAGGGUAAUAUAUUGCUGCGACAAAAUACACGGAAACCAGAACUUGUUCUUAUCGACUUUGAAUAUUGUUCUUAUAAUUAUCGGGCAUUUGACAUAGCAAAUCACUUUGUGGAAUGGCAAUAUGAUUAUACGGCAGCGGAAUAUCCUUUCUUUCACGAACGCACAGGAUCUGGUCCUACAAAAGAGCAAAAGCUCAACUUUGUAAGAAGUUACUUGAAAACAAUCGGCAAAGAAGGUCCGACGGAAGAGGAAAGAAUCAUGAUGGAAAUCAAGAUAUUCUUUUUGGCUAGUCACUUGUUCUGGGGCCUUUGGAGUAUUGUAAAUGCGAAAUUAUCCGAAAUUCCAUUCGGAUAUUGGGAUUAUGCAGUUUCGAGAUUAAAAAAUUAUCAGUAUUUGAAAGAAAAAAUUACAGUUUGUGGAUCACCAACGAUCGAUAAUAUUGAUAUUGCUAAAAAAGAAACUGUAGUGGAUUGAACAAAUCGAGUACAGAUUGUUACGAUAUAGAGAUUUUUUUCUACAACGUGACAACAAAUAACAAGUAAAAAUCCGCUUGUAAUUAUCUUGUUAAAAUCACGAUUUAUUUCGUGAUACAUCUAAGCGGCUUUUGACAAAAAGCUGGAAUGCGGUAAAAUAUAAAAACUAAAGAAUAAAUGAAAGAACAACAAACAUCAUGCUCAAACGUAUGAAGCAGAAGAAAACGAAAGAAAAGAAAGCGAAAUAGAAAGUAUAGGGGAUGAGGAUGCCAUCAUAGAAAAAAGGAAGAUAAAAAAAUUUUAAGAAAGAAAAAAUGGAAGAACGAUGCCUUACGACAAGAUUGUUUAUGCAAAUUGUCAUAAGCAAUUCGGUUUCUUUCAUGUCACUUUUAUGGAUACCACAGACAUUUUAUGUAUGUGCUUUUGUGUAUAUGUGUGCGUGUGAGUAGUGUGCGUGUAUACUGUGGUAAAUAUUAUUAUAUAACAUCAACGAAAGAAUUAUCUCCUAAUUUUUCAUAAUGUAGUUUCUUUACUUUAUGAUUGAUGGUAAAGGACUACAUAAGUAAGAAAGGUAUAUCUUGUGGAUAGCCUUGCCUUAUAAAUUGCAAAUGUGAUAUAGGAUAAGAAAUACGUAUGAUAUCGUCCUGACAUCGUAAACGUUUCAGGGAAUUGCUGCUCAUCUUCCAAGACAGUCUUUUAAUAUUUUUAGCCAGAUAUAUUGGCAGUUAAAGGCGUUGGUAUUCCAUCGUUUUUUUAAUUACAUUAUACGUAUAUACAUAUAAAUACAUAUAUACAUAUACGCACAUACAUGCAUAAACUAUAUGUAUAAUUAUUAUAUGUAUGCAUGUAUGUAUGUAUAAAUGUAAACUUGUACAUAACUACGAUUUUGUUGUACCUGGAUUGAAUCAUUGCUACAACUAAAAAAAAUUUCAUACGCUUAAGAUUAAACAACAGCCACAUCAUACUUUUAAUUGCAUUUUGCGUGUAUACAUAUAUGUACUUAAUUAUGUUUGUCUCUUUUUGCAUGAAACUAAAAACUUCAUUCAUACGAACAAACGAAAGUAUAGUAAUAAGUUGAUCAUCGUUAUCGAAUGUAUCUGCAAUCAAUGUUAAUAUCAGCGAAGAUUUAUUGGUAUUUUUCUUCGUAUUUGCGUUUUAUUUGUAUUUCUUCUACCGUAAUAUCGCGUAUUUUUCAUUAAUGCGAAUCGGAGUAACGAAGAACUAUGAAUAUUUUAAUAAAGUUGAGAAAAAAGA